AGACAGCAUUUGAUAUUGGCUAAACCAUCACAUGCACGUGCCAUCGAUGGGUGGAAUUUAGAUCCACGAGGUACAGUAUACCCCCUAGCCCCUAGCAGUAUGUCUUGUCUCAGGCCGCAAGUAGAUGGCGUCUGACUACACUACAACACAACCAAUACAGCGAGAUAGCUGAGUCACAGAACUAGGUAGCCUACUGUGGAAAAAGCAACAGUACAGAAACGGGUGUGAACACGGUUAUAGAAGCACCUGGCAAUUAUCGUGAAUCGUCUUGAAGAUGUUGUCCUUAACGUUGAAGACUCUUCAGCAGCAAACGUUUAAAAUUGAAAUAGAUCCAGAACUAACGGUAAAAGCCCUGAAGGAGAAGAUUGAGGUUGAGAAAGGGAAGGUUGGCUAUCCAGCCGCAGGGCAAAAGCUCAUCUAUGCAGGCAAAAUCUUGAAUGAUGACAUACCUUUAAAAGACUACAAAAUUGAUGAGAAAAACUUUGUGGUUGUCAUGGUUACAAAGCCCAAACCUCCAGCUCCUCCACAGAUUUCUCCUCAGGCAACCCCAGCCCCAGCCUCCAGCCCUGCUCCCGCCCCUGCACCUCCUGUUGUUUCUGGGCUGUCCCUGUCAGACAUGACCUGUUCUACUUCUCCUGCCACCAUGGAGAUCUCAACCCUCUCCCCUACACCCACACCCGCCCCUGCCUCAAACCCCACAAAAUCAGUGGAGCCCUCCACACCCCCAUCCCCUGCACCAGCCCCUGCUUCUAUUCCCCCUGAAGCUCUGGGGGCCAGUGCAGCCCCAGCUCCUGCCGCAGCAGCAUGCCCCGUCCCUGUCUCACCCUCAGAGGACAAGCCUCACGGGGAGCACCCCGAACUGCCCCUCGCCACAACGCCAGCCCUCUCCUCCUCUAGCCUUGUUGAUGACUUAAGUCUCUUGGAAGAAGCAGCAUCAAUACUGGUGACAGGACAAGCGUAUGAGAAUCUGGUGUCUGAAAUCAUGUCUAUGGGAUAUGAAAGGGAGCAGGUUAUUGCAGCGCUGCGAGCCAGUUACAACAACCCAGACAGAGCCGUGGAGUACCUGCUAAUGGGGAUUCCGUCCGAGGCUGACCUUCCGCCAGUGGAAGCGCUCCAACGCACAACUCUGGCCAACCUCAAUCCCACUGCCCCAGUUCCUGCCCCAGCCUCUGCUCCAGCCUCUGCUCCAGCCUCUGCUCCAGCCACAGAUAUAGCCCAGCCCCCACCAGCAGCCACCAGCGCAGUGUCUUCAACCCAGCAGCCCCCCUCGUCUGGUGGGCUGACUGGUGGGCUAACUGGUGGGCUUACUGGUGGAGGUACUGGGGGUGGGAACCCUCUGGAGUUCCUGAGGAACCAGCCACAAUUCCAGCAGAUGAGACAGAUCAUCCAGCAGAACCCAGCUCUUCUUCCUGCCCUGCUCCAGCAGCUGGGCAGAGAUAACCCCCAGUUGCUGCAGCAAAUUACCCAGCACCAGGAGAGGUUUGUGCAGAUGCUGAAUGAGCCUCAAGGAGGAGAGAUGGUAGAGGAAGGAGCUGAGGCCCAGGGGGCGCCACAGACUAACUACAUCCAGGUCACCCCACAAGAGAAGGAGGCCAUCGAGAGGUUAAAAGCCUUGGGAUUUCCAGAGGGACUUGUCAUUCAAGCAUAUUUUGCAUGUGAGAAGAAUGAGAAUCUAGCUGCCAAUUUUCUGCUCCAACAAACAUUUGAUGACGAGUGAACGUGCCUGCGUUGGCAUGAACGGGAAGAAUGGAGGGCUAGAGAAUGAGUAAUAGUGCUCCAGAAUGUGCUUUUGAAGGAAAGAGUGGAAAAGGUUACCCAAAGUGACUGGUCUUCCAGGAUGCUUUUCAUUGGACAAAGACGUGAUGUGUUGUUACUGUGAGCUAGGCCUUCUCCAUUCUGAGUGUUAGAUCUCCGUGGGCUCUCUCUCUCUCUCACUGCUGCUAUUACUGCUCCUUGUGCCGUGUCCAUCUAUAGAGUUACAGUGGCAGCUUGCCCUCACCAUAUAUUGCUUUUCAACCCCUCGCAAAUAAAACCCCGAACAUACAUUAGCUGGUUGAUUCAUAUUUGUUAUGUGAGCCUCGUCUCCUGGGAAAAUAUACUUGAGUGUCCUGUGAUAAAAUGACAAAACCAGCUAAAUGGCCCUGGAACUCAAAUGUGUUGUUUGUUUUUUAGGCCGAGGCUGCGAAUCCGACAUUUCUCGACCAUCCUUUCUGACAGCUAAAGGUCCCGAAGCUUCUGCGCAUGUGUGGGAUUCUCUACUCUACUCACAGUCUCUGCUCUUCUAAUACAGAACCCCCCUUCACAUUUCUCACUGUCAAUCGUGAAUGAUAAUUCUUUAAUUUUUACCGGUGAAAUGCCCAUGCAGCAUCUGCAUACCAACCUUGUGAUCUCAAUCAGUUUCAUGGGGAUAUGCAUUUAGAUAGUCUUAGACAGUGUUGUUUAGAAAUAGCCUAUAGUGUUGUUUUGAAUUAUGUACAGUGAUUGAAUUUUAGAGCAGAUGGUGCUUAGUUUCAAUCAAAGCAAGUAUUAUGCCUAGUGGCGCACACUUGUGUUUUGGCCACAUGAGAGAAAAAUCCGACCCGUCACACAAUCAUCUUAAAAUCUCAUACGAAAUUAGGUGUUUUUUUGUCUUACAGUAACAUUAUACUAUGCUAUUAUAUUUGGUCCUGUUAUGUAGAAUCAUAUCAUUAUGUGAUGUUGCAGACAUUGAUUCAGCUUUGAUCUAACUUUAUUAAUAAAGCCCCAUUCACCAGAGCAGAGGGUAGCCUGUUCUCUAUGAGUAGAGCAGAGACUGCACGUAAAGUAGAGAAUUUCGCACAUAUGCAGAAGCUUCGGGACCUUUAGCUGUUGGGAAGAGGGGUCCAGAAUCUGCAGCCACUCCGUUGUUUUAUUAUUUGUCUCCACAAAGCUUCUUAUUUCUCUCAGCUGAUCAUUAAUGUCCAACCUUUCCAAUAUGUUUGUCUUCUUCAGACAAAGGGAACUGGGCUAUUUUGCCAAUGAAGUGUCAUAUUAAUGUUGGAGAGUUGCUUUGUCACUUCAUUUGACUGUUACAAAGGGAACAUUUCUUUGUAAAAUAGAAGGAUGUUCUGUGAUUGAUGUGUCAUCGUAUUAAAAUAUUCUAACACUGUAAAAUGAGACAUGGCAGGGAAUACUGGAUUUGGUUCCAGAUGUGCCCCAGUGUAGUUUCACUGUAAGAUGAGACAUGGCAGGGAAUACUGGAUUUGGUUCCAGAUGUGCCCCAGUGUAGUUUCACUGUAAAAUGAGACAUGGUAGGGAAUACUGGAUUUGGUUCCAGAUGUGCCCCAGUGUAGUUUCACUGUAAAAUGAGACAUGGCAGGGAAUACUGGAUUUGGUUCCAGAUGUGCCCCAGUGUAGUUUCACUGUAAGAUGAGACAUGGCAGGGAAUACUGGAUUUGGUUCCAGAUGUGGCCCAGUGUAGUUUCACUGUAAAAUGAGACAUGGCAGGGAAUACUGGGUUUGGUUCCAGAUGUGGCCCAGUGUAGUUUCACUGUAAAAUGAGACAUGGUAGGGAAUACUGGAUUUGGUUCCAGAUGUGGCCCAGUGUAGUUUCACUGUAAGAUGAGACAUGGUAGGGAAUACUGGGUUUGGUUCCAGAUGUGGCCCAGUGUAGUUUCACUGUAAGGCACCAAAUUAUUUUACAAAAGGAAGUUUUAGCCACAUAGUUGUUGUUUUUUUCGAUAUCAUUGCUCAACAGUUGAAGGCUAGUUGAAGCUGAAAGUCAAUUGAGCCAUGUCCUUAUUAUUCUUUUAGAAUCACUUUAAGCAUAUAACAAGAUUCUGUUCUCUCUGGACACUUUUCUGUAUGUGUUUUGACUGCCCCUGAUCCUUAAUGUAUUAUAUCAAAAGAAAUCAUGCUGCAAGUUUUUUAUCCAUGUUAUUACUCUUUCAUGCCUCGUGGUUUGUCUCAUUUUGUUGAAGAGUAAUUGUUUGUUUGUGCAAAGUCAUGUACAGCUUUCAAAGGUCUAUCAUCAGUCAAUAUGUCUUUUUUUUGUUGUUGCAUAGAUGAGUGCCAUAGGAUUUAUGUUGCCUAUCAAAAGUAAACGCCCAUCUCAUAAAAGGUGCUAGAGUGAAGGUAAGUUCUGGAAGUGCUAUAAGCCAAAAGAAAACAAGUAAACAUCCCACAAAACUG